UGUCUCUUUUCUUCCAUAUCUUCUCUCUCUCUCUCUCUCUCUCUCUCUCUAUCUGGGUAAGAACACGACAGCGACAAGAAAGAGAGCCCCUUUUAGAUAAACAAACGAAGAAAUCAACCCACAAAAGAAGUCUCUCUCUCUCUCUCUCUCUCUCUCUGGAUGUUGAAUUCGACCAGAAUUUGUAGAAUUUAGGAGAGGGGGUGGGGUGGGGUUGGGUUAUCUUGGAGAGGUCGGAGCAGCAGCUGAUAAGGUUAAUUAGAUUGGUGGUUGGGUUGGGUUCAUCAUCGAUGGGCACAGCAGAGAAGAAAGGAACUCUGGAUGGCUUCUCUCCCUUGUCUACCACUCCUGUUUUCUGGAAAUCCCGCAAGAGAUCAGCUCCAGCUGUAUUAUAACAGCCUCAAACUGUGUUGGAUAAACAACGAUGAUAUAGUUUUCAAUGCAGCGAAGUUGAAUUCUACACCGGCUUAUGUUAAUGUAGCAGCAAGCAGCCAGAAAAUGGACGAGACAACAAAUGAUACCACUGACGACGUGAAACUCGAAAAGGAUGAAGAGAAGAAUGAGGAUUCAGCAAAACAGGAAGGGGGGUCCCCGAAUACCGGGGAGAUGCAGGAUCCUGCAAUCGCCAGUGUUCUUUCAGAGAAGCGGAAGGCUCUGUUUGAACCGUUAGACCCCAUAACCAAUGUAAAUGGUAAAAGACCAUCGGCUGAGAGCUUGCUCCCUCCACCGGACUUUGAGUCUGCAAUCUAUCCCCGGGGCUGGCUAAUUGGGAAGAAGCGAAAGCUUGUAAAUGUGGAUGUGGUUGAGAGCAUGAGGAGGAUUGCCGUACAGGAAAUGAACAGAAAGGACCGGGAAAUCAAUGGGCUGAACGAGCAGUUGGAGGAGGAUGCGCGGUGCUUGGAACGCCUGCAGCUGCAGCUCCUGGAAGAGCGAAGCAAACGCACCAAUGCCGAGAGGGAAAACGCGAUGCUGCAGAAUCAGAUUGAUAUCCUGAUGAACAUGUUGCAGGAGCAGGAGGCCAUGGACGACGAGGAGCCCAGGGAAGAAGAAGAACCUUAACAAAUAAUAAAAACAUUCUGGAAUUUGGGUGUUUUGUUUGCCUAUUUUAUUUUAUUUUUUAUUGGUAUAUUUAAAUGUUCAGGAGGAGGAGGUAGAAAACAAUAGAAUUAUACAUAUAAACUAAGUGUGAGAGUACAGUACUUUGUGUUA